GUUACGGCCUGAUUUUGGAGGAGAAAGACACAGAACUAUAGAGGCAUAUAUACAGGUCAUGUUAGCUGAAUGCUAAGCUCUACGAUCAGAACACUCAACCAUGGAAGCUACAAUCAGCAGCUUGAUUUAUACUAAGGCCAGGAGACUGACCGACUUGUUUCCUCCAGCAUUAAGGAAAGUGUGGAAAGAGUGGGAACUACGUGUUUUGGUCUUUGUUAGCCUUGUGUUACAGGUAACACUCAUCCUUUUGGGCAAUCGCAGGAAGUUCACUAGCAGACCAUGGCUUCGAAUUUUCUUAUGGUGUGCCUAUUUGAUGGCCGACUGGGUAGCCACCGUUGCCCUUGGUGUUCUCUCCAACAAUCUUGGCGAUGUCAUUGAAAGCAUUGGCAAAAAUGGUUCUCUGGAUGCUAACACUGAGCUUACUGCAUUCUGGGCACCAUUUCUUCUGCUGCACCUGGGUGGCCCUGACACAAUCACUGCUUAUGCCAUGGAAGAUAAUGAGCUUUGGUUGAGGCAUUUUCUUGGAUUGGGAGUUCAAACUGCUAUAGCUCUUUAUAUAUUCAUUAUGGCCUGGACAGGUUCUCAUCUUUCAUUUCUGACCUUUCCAAUGAUCUUGGCUGGGCUUAUUAAGUAUGCAGAAAGAACAUGGGUUCUCAGGUCAGCGAGCAAUGAGCAAUUCAGAGACUCCAUGCUUACAGAUCCAGAAGCAGGUCCAAAUUACCCGAAAUUCAUGCAAGAAUUUACUCUGAGGCAGCAUGAGGGUUACUAUGUGAGAGCAGAAGAAAUGAAUGAAGCACAGGUUCAAUUGGACGUUGCUCCAAUAGAUACCACAACCAUAGCUGACGCAAACGAGUUGAUUAAAGCAUAUGAACUGUUCAAGACUUUUAAGCGUCUCUUUGUAGAUCUCAUCCUUAGCUUCCAAGAUCGAGAAAAUAGCCAGUCCUUAUUCAAAGGUAUGUCCUUUAUAGACGCUUUCAAAGUGGUCGAGAUUGAACUUGGAUUCAUGUUCGAUGUCCUCUACACCAAGGCUACUAUAGUAUUCAGAGUCCGAGGCUGCAUUCUUCGAUUUAUCAGUUUAUCUUUCACCUGCAUUGCAUUGGUGCUCUUCUCUGUAUUUGUGGUUGAUAAGCACCGGUUCUCAAACAUUGAUCUAGUCUUAACUUUCCUAUUGCUGGCUGUAGCUGUUGUUCUUGAGACCAUUGCGAUUCUUUUGCUAAUUUCUUCUGACUGGACAGAUAUUUAUUUAAGUAAGAAUGCAAAUCGCGCUGUGAGCAAAGCCAUCAGUUUUUUACAACUGCGCAUGCUAAGACAUCGCAGGUGGUCAAAUUCCUUGGCACAGUACAGCUUGCUAAGCGUAUCCCUUAAAACCAAACCUGCUGUCUGCGAAGGAAUCCAAAGGGUGUUUUGCAUUGAUAAAGAUUUAGAGAAACACCGGUACGAAACCUCUAAGCAAGUUUCACUAGAUUUGAAAAGUCAUCUGUUCGACUAUCUUAUGAUGAAACUUAGUGUCCCAGAAAAAGAAGGCCCUGGUAACGACAAGGAGAAAUCAAGCAGUCGGAGAGACCUCAAGGGUCAAAGCCUUGUACUUGAAAAAUUUGAUCAUCCCGAAUUGAAAUGGAGCACUGAUAUGGUAGAGUUUGAUCAAGGCAUUCUUAUUUGGCACAUUGCUACCUAUAUCUGCUACCAUGCUGAUAGUGAAGAAAACUCAGAUUCUAUUUCAGCAUGUACCAAAUUCAGCAAACAGUUAUCAAAAUAUAUGCUCUAUCUCCUAGUCAUGCAUCCUUCUAUGAUGCCAAUGGGGAUUGGGAAUAUUAGAUAUCGGGACACUUGUGCUGAGGCCACUAAAUUUUUUGAAGAGCGCAAAUCUUUUUUAGAUGAUAGCCCACCUAAAAGUUAUAUUUCUGAAAAAUUUGGUGCCUGUUGGAUGUGUUGUUGCAGAAAAGAGAAGAUCAUCUUUGAGAAAAGACAAGCUUGCAAGAUGUUGCUUAAGGUGAAUACUGCUGUGCUCCCAGCAAAGGUGAAAGGUGACAGAAGCAAGUCUGUGCUGUUUGAUGCCUGUAAGCUUGCAUCAGAAUUGCAGCAAAUUCUGAACAAGGAGAAGAAAUGGGAGAUGGUCUGUCAUGUGUGGGUGGAAAUGCUAGCUUAUGCUGCUAGCCAGUGCAGAGGAGUUUAUCAUGCUCAGCAACUUAGACGAGGCGGGGAACUUCUAACUCAUGUCUGGCUUCUGAUGUCACAUUUGGGUUUAACGGAGCAAUUCCAGAUAUCACGGGGUCAUGCAAGAGCCAAGUUAUUCAUGGAUUAAUAAGGCUACUGAUAUGUUGAAGUUGUAUUGAUUUGAACUUUUGUGUUCUGUUCUUUCGUUGGCAGUCUAUUGACGGCCAGUGGUCACAUUAAUUUGUGCAUCUAGUGGCACCAUUACGGAAUGAUGUAUCAUUAAGGUUGGGGUUUGGAUGUGCUUUUGGAGGAAGAGUGAUCUACCUCCAUAUUUGACAAGUAAUUAGAGAUAUACUCAGUUCUCCUUGUUCAGCCAUUUAAAUUUCAACAAUGGUCCAUUAAAAGUGAUGAUGAUUGCAGGCCCAAAUUUCCCAUGGAGAAAAACAGACUGCUAGAACUACUUGACUGUUUUGUUCAACCUGUAAAUAAUUGCUAGCUACAGCGUAAGAUGGAUAUGCAAGAGUUAGCGACUCUGGUAAGAGCUGCCUUGUUAAUUUUGGAGAUUUAGUAUUAGGAUACAGAAAACAAGAAGCAUUUACCUGCCUUGUUCCUGUUCCUGUUUUCUUUUUGGUAAAACUAAAAAGUGUCUUCCUCCUUUCCCCCAUCAGGACUUUGUACCUUACUUAGGAUACUCUUUUUGCUAUAUUAAUUGUUUAUGGGCAACUAUUAUUAUUAUUAUUAUUAUGAUUUGCAAGUAUGUUCAAACA